CUCUAUAAGGGUGUAUGCUCCAAAGACUGCCCCACUGGUACUUACUAUGAAACUGAAGCUAUGGAAUGUCAAGAGUGCCACCAGACUUGUAUGAGCUGUUCUGGCCCAGAUGCAAACCAGUGCACACAGUGCGAGAAGGGACUCGUGCUGGAUCCAAACACAUUGUUGUGUGGCGUGACGGGUGAUACAGACUGCCCUCCAAGGACCUACCUACACGACGACCAGUUCACCUGCAUGGGUUGCCACCGGCACUGUUACUCUUGUGAGGGGCCGGGCAACGAUGAAUGCCAGACCUGUGCCAUCCCCAAAUACCUUCAUAACAGCACCUGUGUGAGUGAGUGUCCGGCUGGUACAUACGACACAAAGCAGGAUGCUGACGGAACAGAGCUGGGUCUCUGUUUGCCUUGUGAUCACGCCUGUUCCACCUGCGAUGGAGCAUCGCCUAAAGAUUGCCUCACUUGUUCUCCAGGAUACCUGCGUCUUCUUCAACUCUGUGUCACUCAUUGUCCUACAGGGUAUUACAAAGAGGGCUCCCACUGUGAGAAAUGUGACCAGUCCUGUGAGCUGUGCACAGGGCCAGGGCCUGAGUCCUGCAGGGCCUGUCCACCUCCUCUUCUGGAGCUGCAAGGCACCAAGCUGUGUGUUGAGCACUGCCCACACCGCUUCUAUCAGCUCAAUGACAUGUGCAAGCAGUGCCACACCAGUUGUCAGACCUGUACAGAUGCCUCACCUCAGGGAUGUGUGACGUGCGACUGGGGCAGCACCUUAAAGGACAAAGUCUGCUAUCCCCGUUGUAAGGAAGGAAAAUACUUUUCGGAAAAGGGAACCUGUGAGCCAUGUAACAGCUCGUGUAGGCAUUGCACCGGCCCCAGACCUGACCAGUGUCUGACUUGUCACCGUGAUGCUGCUCUUCAUGCUGUGGAGAACCGCUGUGCGCACUGUUGUCAGGCUGGAGGGAAUCAGGACACCUAUUGCUGUGUUUGUGACAGCCGCUCAGUUUUGUGUGUGGAGGCCCCCCAACCCAAGUCAGGAGACAAUCAGGUAACAGACCUGGAUAUGUCGUCUAGAGCUCUGAAGCACACCUCGGCUGGCUUGCCUAUUGCCUUGCUGCUAGCACUGGGAUUGGCUCUGGCUGUGUUUGCCUUGGUCAAGGCUCAUGCCAGGAAGAGGCUUUGCUGGGGCCAAAGCUAUGAGAGGCUGAGUGGCAGCGCCAGCAUCAACAUGCCCCACGGUGUUCCCGAGCCAGACAGUGGAGACGAGGUGGAUGUGGUGUACACCAGUAGAGGUGGAUCAGUUUAUCGACGCUACAGCUUUAUCCAUGAGCAGGACACAGAUACAGACCAGGGUGUGGAUGAGAACAAUUGUCUCAAUCAAUCUUAGAUACAUUCAUACCAGAGCUUACAGUAUCUAAGGAAUGUGUUGUGGAUGCUCACAAUAUCAAGACUGACAGGUGAAUUCAAAAUAGUUUAGUUAGUGUUUAGAAGAGAAUGUACAGUAGUGGUAUUAUGCUUUAGAAUGUUGCUUUUUGAGUUCUGGUGUUUAUUCUACUUUACAAAGUGCCUGUACCUGUAUAAUGCACAUUCUUAGUUGAGGCAUUUGUGAGUAAACA